AUGAAGCUACUAGACCCGCUACAAGGAUAUAAGAUUACCUCUUAGAUACUCUUCCUUCAACUAGCAUUCGCUCUUGCCCUUGGAGUCUGUUUGGCUAGAGGUGAAUUUGAAACCUCUAAUAGAGAUCAUGCUAUCGGAGUAAUGUUAGCAGUUCAUAUUACCUCUUAUGUCCUUGAAUACAUUAAAAUUUUGACAGGGAUAUGCGGCAAAAAAUUAGGUAUUUUGAAAUUCACUAUAAACUUCUUCAACUGUGCUCUCUAUUAGGCAGCUAUAUUCUACGCCUAGGUUAAGUAUCUUAGUUCAUCUAACCAUGAACCAUUAAAUCUUAAUGAGAAGUUUGAAAUGAAUAUUAACGCUCAGAAAUGGUUAGUAUUGGAAAUAUCAUUUUACUAUAUGACCAUUAUUCUAACUAUUCUUUUCUUGGUUCUUCAACAUUAUUUCUAAUUGAAAAUUGCUACCCCCAUUUAAGAAGCAGUGAUAAUUGAGGCAAUCUUAAACAAAUAACUGAAAUCUAGCAACUAAGAGUCAGAUUCAAUUCAAGCUCAACAAGCGGCUGAUAAAAUUCCUGAAAAACAAACUAGUAUCAAUGAUGAGGUGUAAGCUAAUGAUGAUUACUAAAUUUACAAAGGUUCUAGUAAGUCAUUCUGGAGACCAGAUAAGCAAAAUCAAGAUUACUUGUCUUUAGUAAAAAAAUAUCUUCAGAGAUAUCUCAUUAUUUCCCUAGUAUUCUCCAUUUCAAUCUACGUAAUAGUAAAAGGUGAAGAGACACCUAAGGGCAAGCUUUCAUAUAAAUAUUCAGUCAUAAUCCUAGCAGCACUCUCUAGUUUAGUUCUCAUUCACACAUUACUAGAUAUUUAUACCAAGAUACUCUUCUCCUACUGGUAUAAUAUAAGCUUGAAUGUAAUUUACGGUUUGAUGGUUUUAGAUAUUUUCUUUAUGUGCUUUCAAACAAUAUUCCUUGAAAAAUAUGAAAAUCUCACCAGAUAUUGGUUGUUAAUUUUUUAAUUCAUUUUUUUGGCAUAUAUUUUGGCAUAUCUUACAGACUUUAUUGCUGAGAAAAUAGGAUAUGAGAAAUAAUUCUUUAUCAAUUAGGAUGGAGUUACAAAUGUACCUCUUAGACAUCAUUUUAUAAAAACUGUGACCUUAAAUGUUGAUAUCUACGCAAUUACAUUUGUUAGUUUUCAAAGAUUAGAUGCUAGCCUCCCAUAAAUAGAUAUUUAGAAAGAGGAGCAACCGAACAAAGAAUAUUUACUAUAAAAAUAAUCUAAAGAUUAAGAGGCAGCAAAUAUUAAUAUUAAUGAUGGAGAAAUCGUUCACAACACUGAAGGUGAAGCAAACAAAAAUUUUAGUAAUAGCGCUUUCAUUUUCUUAAUACAAGCUCUCUUAGUAUUUUUGGUCUUAGAUCAAUUCAAGAAGAAAGAAGCUCAGGAGAUCAAAGUGACUUUUGCGCUUUUAUUAACUAGAAUUUUAUGUGCUGCUCUUUUACAUAUGUAACUUGAAGGGGAACUAAGACAGUCCCUUCAAAUGCUCAACUAUGCGAGACUAAUGGUAUUCCAUACUAAAUACAGAAUUCCUAUGAUUUUCAUUAGUUUGAUGUAAUUUUUUGGAGCAUUCGGUACAGAACUCAUUAAUAUUUUCCUUAUCUGCUAAUAAGGCUCUGUACAAGAUGUCAUUAUGAACUUUAUUGCUCUUGGAGUUAUUGCUGAAAUAGAUAAUAUCUAUGCUAAUACGCUCUAUAACAAUUACUCAAAGAAAUUAAUUGAAGAUUCAGAUGGGAAGCCAGGCCUUCAAAUUAACGACUAAGUCCCAGUUAGAAAAUAGUAUAGCAACAAAUGUAGUAUUGCAACUUAGAUUCAUGGCCUUUUAAGAUUGUUCUAUGAGACGUAUUACUUCUAUUUCAUGCCAUUCUCAGUUAUCGUAAUAACAUUCUUCUCAGACUUAUUCGAUAGUACACCUAACAAGUGA